AUGAGUUCCUAUAGCUCAGCUAUUGACCGUCAACAGGGCAAAGCUGAUACUGACAAUAAUGGCGUUGCUCGCUACAUGCUCGGGAUUGAGACUCCUGCGGGCAUCAAGUCCGGCAAUGAGCCUGAUCUGUCACUCCAGUAUUCCCAAGGUACUCCGAACGGUAUCCUUGGGCUUAGCUGGGUGCUUGGUGGUGUAUCCAGCAUUUACCUUGGAGCCCCAAAAGUCGUCUAUGGCAAAGUCAACCCGCCUCCUCCGGACUAUGAUACUUCCAAACCUAAGCUCAUAAUGGAUGGCCUAGAGUUGUUGAACAUAGACGGGGAAUACAAUGGACCUCAAACUGUGUAUACCACUGAGAUAAACAACACUAGUCUUCAAGUCAAGUGA